ACUAUUUCGUCUCCUUCCUCAGAUUAUAUAGAGUUUGAACUUUGAACUAUGCAUGCAUGUAAUGUAACUGUGAUGUAUACUGGUGGUCUCCUUUUCUUUUCUUUUGUUUUUUUCAGAAAGAACACUGUAGCAUUACUGUCUAAGUUGUUAUAUCACAUGUGGGGUCAAUAUUGAGUGUAACAGUAGCCCUUUUUAGACCAUGAUUCUCGGGUAGUCAAUGCUGUUUCCCUCUUCAGCUUCACUGUUCAACUGCUUCCUCUCUUUCUCUCAUCACUUGUGCUUUACAUAAAAAUGAGGCACAUGCCUGUAACCAAACCUCUCACUAGGGACUACCAGACCUAAGGUAUAAACUUCACCAGAGACUAGUCCAGAAGAUUCCUCUACUUGUUUUAAAUCUAGAACAUUGCAGUGACCCUCCUCACAACCAUGGAUCUCACUGCUCCAAAAUAUUUUCAACCUCCUCCUGUUUUUGUUCCUAAUGGGGAACCAGCAUUGGAGACCAAGACCAGCACAAGCUUCUAUGUGAAGGUUAAGGAAAAUCCAUUUGCAGACUCCUUUCAAGACCCACUGUGCAAGCUCAAUCUCAAGGAGACAUCUGAGUUUGUCAAAUCAUUUCCAAUGGCAAAUAGCAGCGCCGAAUGCAGAGGAUUUCUUGAAGUUUCAGUUCCAAGGAGAACAGAGGGAGUGAACUCAGUUACACAGAGAAGAGUAGAAGCUCCUCCUACUCCUGGUAGGCCAGUAUUUAGCUUCAGUGUUGGUAAUCUUGCAAAAAAGAGCUUUCCAUCCAAGUGGGAUGAUGCAGAGAAGUGGCUGAUAAGCAGUUCUUGCCACGAGUCUCCUGCUCAUGUCAUAAAGCCAUCACCAGAGUCUUCAAAGAUUCACAAACAAUGUGAUAAUUUUAAGCAGCAAAUAGAGGUAUUUGCGGAGAAAUCAAAGGUUACGGAGGAGAAAGCACCAAAAGUCACUACCAGCUUUCAAGGGUCAGUGGCUUUGGACCAACAUAACUCAGCCACAGCUUUUAAUGGGACUUCUGUUUCUGCUGAUAUGCUUCUAAAAGAUAAAUUCACAAGCGAGGUGGAGCCGGUUUUACCAAGUUUUAUAUAUUCAGGGCCAUCGAAAGAAGGUUUUCUCUUUAGAAACUUAGACAAUGAAAGCAUGAAAGAUGCCGGCACUGAAAUAAUUCAUGAGGUGAAACACAGAGAUGUCGGGACAGAGAUGACUCCACUAGGCAGUUCCAUGAAUUCUAGGUGCCACACCCCAUUCAAGAGUUCAUCGCCUGCUCGUCAUAACACACCUGCCAGUAGGUCAGGCCCAUUGGCAUUAGGGAACUCGGGCAGUGGCAAUAAUUCUAUUGACAUUUCACAGCUGCAAGAAUGUCAUUUGGCUAAGCUACAUCUUGGGACGCAAUAUGGUUCUGUCACAUCAAAUUGGAGCUCAAGGGAAGAGGAAGAAGAGGAAAUAUCAAAGAGCCUGAGACAUUUUGAAACAGGCAUUGUAUCUCAGAAAAGUGUUUCAGACUCGAGAGCUGCUGCAUGGGAAGAAGAGGAAAAGACAAAGUGCUGCCUUAGGUAUCAGAGAGAGGAGGCGAAAAUUCAAGCUUGGGUUAACCUCGAAAGCGCAAAAGCAGAAGCGCAAUCAAGAAAGCUCGAGGUGAAAAUACAGAAAAUGAAAUCAAAUCUAGAAGAGAAGUUGAUGAAGAGGAUGGCAGUUGUGCACAGAAAAGCUGAAGAAUGGAGAGCAGCAGCUCACCACCGGCACACUGAGCAGACUCAAAGGGCUAGUGUACAAGCACAGAAGAUAAUCAUAGACAGACAUAACAUGCAAUUUUCUGGCCACACUUCUUGUGGUUGCCUUCCUUGCAACAAUAAUCAUUGAAACAUAACAAAAGAUGGAUGUAUCUUUAGUUCUGUAGGGAUAUCUAUCAGAAUGCAAAUCUUUUUUUAUA